UCUCGAUCUUCUCUCAGACCAACGAAACAAGCUUCUCUGUUCAACACGAUCACCUUUUACUUCAACCUCAUUGAAGCUCUGACCGGAUCUAUUGACGAAAUGCCCCGCGAUCUUGAAGAUGAGAUCUUUGGUGGAGAGUCGGAUUUAUCUGAUUUCGAUCAAGAUGAGAGGCCGACCGAAGACGUGCAAGAAAAUCUCGCAGAGGAGGGCCGACAACACGAGGAGGACGAUGGCGGUCUGUCCCAUGAUCCCGCGCCACGAGAAGGAUCACAUACGUACCCCAAGUUCAGGAAAGAUACGACCCAAAGGUCCUCUGAACAAAGCUCGGCUCCGAAGAAAAAAAACCAACAACGUAACAAACGACCCGAUUCGGCUGAUAAUGGCGUCCCGCCAGACGAUGGUGAAGCAGAAGUGGUCAUUGACCCCGAAGAGCAGCGAAGACAGGAGCUCUAUCAACGGAUCGACGAGGCAGCGGGCAAGAACAAGAAGGGCAAACGGCGUCGACGGAAGGGGGGCGAUGAAGAUCUGGAAAUGAUGGCAGACGAGGAGGUGUCCCGACUGCGCACGGAGAUGUUGAGUGCGGCCGACACGGAUAUCCAAGCGAACGAGGAGCGUCGACCGGCGACGGGAAAAUUGAUGCUGCUACCGAAGGUGAAAUCGACGAUCCAAAAAUCCCAUCUCGAGACCGCAAUCCUCGACAACGGCGUCUUGGAAGCCGUCAAGAAGUGGCUCGAGCCCUUACCCGACCGGUCCCUCCCAGCACUCAACAUCCAACGUGAGCUGCUCGAACUGCUCAGCAAAAUGUCCAUAGAUACGCAGUCUCUCAAGUCUAGUGAACUCGGCAAGAUCGUCUUGUUUUACACCAAAUGUCCGCGGGUCGAUCCGACGAUCAAGCGGAUGGCGGACCAACUAGUCACUCGUUGGAUAAAACCGAUCCUGCGUCGUUCGGCGCGAUCUCGCGAGCCUAUUCCCAUGACAGCUCCCCGACCCGUCCGACCGCCAACUGGGGGCGCCCCAAACUCCCAGCGUGCCCGAAUCCCAGAGACCGUCCACCAGGUCUUCCAUAACCCUGCCCGCUCACAGCUUGACAGCACUACCGACGGUCCCGGCGGCUCCCAGAACCCUGCCAUGCGUAACAGCACACAAAAGGCCACCGCUAAGAAGACCCGCGAAUGGGCCCGUAAAAUUCAGGACGCGAGAAAAAUUCAGCGCAUGGGCUAAUCAGUUCCCUCCCCCCUUCCCAGGCACCUCAACCCGCACAACUAUGUUUCGCAAGCUCCGAUGCCAGCGCGUCGUUAAUGAGUCUGCGAGUAGACGGAUCGAGUCCAUGGCCUUUGUUUUAAUGGACCUCCAACAGAUCUCUUACAGGAAACCUAUUUAUACUCUUUUCCUCAAUGAGCCUGUAGAAUACUGUACCAAACCCUCCUUUGAAGCAAAAAAAAAAUUCCAACGUUAUGUUCAUGACCCUUUUAAAACGAAACCCCACAGUUCAAUGUAAUCUUUGGAUGUCACAAGUGAUGAUGAAUAGUGCCUGGUUGAUGCAAAAAAGGAUUCUU